AUGAUCGUGCUUGUGUUUGUCAUCGCAACCUUUGCGUACUUCUUUCUCGUGCAUGCGAUCACACACUCGACCCUCUUCUCGAACCUGAGCGACGUGGCGUCCCUUUCGCUCACGUCCGCCCAUGCACGCGCGUCGAGCCUGCCCAUGUUCGCGCGCGGCCCGGAAGGGCGGUGGCAUGCCCUGCAGGACCUGCCGCCCACCGUCGACAUUGUCGACUGGUUCGUCGUGGCCGACGUUGCGAAUGGCACCCGCGCCGAGCGCGAGCUGCGCCGUGAGCAUCUCCUCCCCGAGCUCACGCGCUCCGUCUCGGAGCGUGCCGCCGACUGGUGUGCGUGGCCCGUCGCGCCCGUCACGGACGCACGCGACAUCCACGGCCAGGGCCGCGUCUGCUACGACCGCGCCUCGUACGAUCCGCUAGCGAUGCAGCGCCUCCUCACCCACUCGCGAAGUGCAGGGAUGCGCCACACCCUGCGCAGCCCCUCUUCCAGCCUUGAUCCGGCCCUCCAGGCUCGAUGGCGCGACGAGCUCGCCCUUCAAGUCCUUGCGCCGCCGCACCCGUGGGCGAUUGCGCCGCAGUCCGAGCCACUGUCGCUGCGGUGGCUCUUCUCGUUCCUCGCAAGUGCUGUGCGCCGCGUUGCCAUUGUCGUUCGCAGCGCAGACGCCAUCGACUUUACUGUGCUCCUCGGCGCGUACCUCCUCAUGCACGGCUCAUUCGUGCAUCUGUACCUGUCGAUGCGCGCCUUCCCGCAUGGCCUUUGGCUCGGCACAAGCGUGCUGCUCUCGUCGUCGUUUGCAUUCCUCUUCGCGCUCGUCACCGCGAACGCCGUGGGCCUCGCUGUGGACCCCGUCGUGCUCUCCGAGGCUCUGCCCUUCCUCGUCAUCACCGUCGGCUUCGAGAAGCCCUACCUGCUCACCCGUGCCUUUUUCCGGCGCGCCGAGCUCGCAGCACGCUCAGACGUCGUCGAGGGGCCACGCGGCUCGCCCGAGGCCGACUUUGUGCGCGCCCUCACGCAGCGCGUGCAGGCGGAGCAGGCGCUCGGUCUGCUUGGCGUGCCGACUACACCGACCUUCGAGGUCGCCGUCGACGCCGCGCGCGAGACGGGCCCCGGCCUCGUGCGUGCGUACCUGAUCGAGCUCGCUAUUCUCCUCGCCGGCGUUCUGAGCAACAUUCACGGCCUGCGCGAGUUUUGCGGGCUCGCCAUGCUGAUCCUCCUGUAUGAUGGCGUGCUUCUCUACACCUUUUUCACGGCCAUCCUCUGUGUGGCCCUCGAGGUGCGCCGCCUGAGUGCGCCGCCGCCGCGCGUGCACUCGCCCGACGCUAGCUUGGAUGCCAUGGCCACCGAGCCGCCCGCGGAGCCCCAGCACCGCGGCGCGCGCGCUCGGCCAUCGGACACGCGCCCAUCGCUGUACCAACGUAUCAUCGGCCCCGUGGACCAUCCGCUCUCGCGCCUGAAACUCCUGCUCUUGCUGUCGCUCGUAUUGCUGCACCUCGGCAACAUGCUGACGACGCUCUCGCUCCCAACGACGCUCGCGCGGCACCACCAGGGGCGUGGCUCGACACUGUAUGACCAGGCCAUGUACACGUCUGACAUGUUCACGCCCACUCUCGACCACCCUGUGGUCGCUGCGUUUCUGGAUGCGUACACGGCGCAGCACCCCGACACCACUCAAGUGUUUGCCUUUGCGCGGCCGGGCAUGCUCGUGGUUUGGGACCGCGCGCCGGUCCAGGACCUGCCGCUCGCUACGCUCGUACAGCGCGCGGCCACCGCGCGCCAGUCGCAGCCGUCUGCGUUUGAAAGCGUGAUGCACCUGUGGACGUCGAUCGCGAGCGAUCCAGUGAUUGGAAAGUGGCUCACAGUGGCCCUGGUCAUCAGCCUCUUCCUCAACACGUUCCUGCUCAAGGGGAUUGCUCUGCGCCACCCUGCCGUCAUUGAAGGCAAUGCCGUGCAUGUGACGGCCCAGGCCGCGGCGCGCCUCGUUGGCGCACAUCUCGGCGAUGACUGGCGCAAGGGCUCCGAGGCGCGUGCGGCGCCUGAGCCUCCCACGCCCACUGUGCCACCUCCGCCCCCCCCGUCUGCAUCGGCGCCGCCGCGCGCGUACAACGAGGUGCUCGCACACUUUCAAGCACACGGCGCCGCGUCGCUAAACGACGAGGAGGUCAUUCUACUCGUGCAAAAAGGCCAGAUUGCGCCGUACGCCUUGGAAAAGACGCUGCAGGACCUGGAGCGUGCGGUCGUUGUGCGCCGCGCCGUCAUAUCGCGCGCGUCGGAGCGGCCCGUGCUCGAGCACAGCUUGCUGCCGUACAAGCACUUUGACUACGCGUCGGUGCUCGGUGCAUGCUGUGAGAAUGUCGUCGGAUACCUGCCUCUCCCGCUCGGCAUCGCCGGACCGCUGCUUAUCGACGGACACCUGACACCGAUCCCUAUGGCGACGACGGAAGGUACACUCGUGGCGUCUACGAGUCGCGGCUGCAAGGCCCUGAAUGCAAGUGGGGGCGUCACGACCGUGCUCACGCAGGACGCCAUGACGCGGGGCCCCGUCGUCGAGUUCCCGUCGCUGACAAGCGCAGCGCGUGCCAAGCGCUGGAUUGACUCGAGCACGGGCGCCGCGACCAUAAAAAAAGCGUUUGACAGCACCUCGCGUUUUGCGCGACUGGCGUCGCUGCACACGGUGCUGGCCGGUCGCACUCUGUUCAUCCGCUUUGCCACAUCGACGGGUGAUGCCAUGGGCAUGAACAUGAUCUCGAAGGGCGUCGAGGCGGCACUCGGCUUGAUGAAGGAGAAGCACUUUCCCGAGAUGGAGCUGUUGUCGCUCUCUGGCAACUACUGCACCGACAAGAAGCCGGCCGCCAUCAACUGGAUCGAGGGCCGCGGCAAGAGCGUCGUCGCCGAGGCGGUCCUCCGCGGCAACACAGUGCGCACCGUCCUUAAGUGCACGGUCGACGACCUCGUGCGCCUCAAUACGAAAAAGAACCUGGUCGGCAGUGCGAUGGCCGGCUCGAUCGGCGGGUUCAACGCGCACGCGGCCAAUAUUCUCACGGCCAUGUACCUGGCGACAGGACAGGACCCCGCACAAAACGUCGAGAGCAGCAACUGUAUGACGCUCAUGGAGGCUGUGAACGACGGCCAGGAUCUCCUCGUCUCGGUCAGCAUGCCGUCCGUCGAGGUCGGCACAGUGGGCGGCGGUACAGGCCUGCCGCCCCAGCGCGCCAUGCUCGAACUCCUGGGCGUCCGCGGGCCCCACCGGGAGACGCCCGGCGCCAACGCGCAGCGCCUUGCGCGCAUUAUCGCGGCGGCGGUUAUGGCCGGCGAGCUCAGCCUCAUGGGGGCGCUCUCGGCCGGGCACCUCAUCAAGGCGCACAUGCAGCACAACCGCAGCGCGCCGCCAACGCCCGGCACCGCAUCUCCAGCGCCGCGUGAUCCGCAGUUCUUGCCGACGAUGACGCCACUCGUUGCCACGCCCAUCGCUGACGCGUCGCCUCUCGCGCGCGCGCGAUCGCCCGCGCCGCAGGAUCCGCCGACGCCGGUUGCCUCCACUCGAUAG